AUGCUGUGUGCAAUCUCUGGAGAGGCUCCGCAAGUGCCUGUCAUCUCUCCCAAGAGCGGCAGCGUAUUCGAAAAGCGCUUGAUUGAAGCAUAUAUCGCUGAACAUGGAAAGGAUCCCGUGAAUGGCGACGAGCUUGCAGCCGACGAACUGAUUGAUGUCAAAUCGCAGCGCGUUGUUCGUCCUCGCCCCCCUACCCUAACAUCUAUCCCUUCUCUUCUCAGUGUUUUCCAAGAAGAAUGGGAUGCGCUCGCCCUCGAGACAUACACCCUCCAGCAGAACCUCUCACAGACCCGCCGCGAGCUCAGUUCCGCCCUAUACCAGCAUGAUGCUGCCGUGCGGGUGAUCGCACGAUUGACAAAGGAACGGGAUGAAGCCCGUGAUGCUCUGUCGAAGAUUAGUGUUGGUGCCAGUCAUGCUCCGGCUGAUGGCGAGGCCAUGCAGGUGGAUUCAGAAGGCCUGCCCCAGGCAGUGUUGGAGCGAAUUGACAACACACACACUACUCUUUCAAAGACCCGGCGCAAGCGCGCUGUUCCUGAAGACUGGGUCACAGCUGAUGCUAUUUCUGCAUUCAAGCCCACCGAAACAUCCGAACCUCUGUACCCAGGCAGCCGAGCCUUGUCGAUCGAUUCUACGGGAGAUCUUGCCUUGUUUGGUGGUGCUGAUGGUGUUGUCGGUGUCUAUUCUCUCUCCCAAAAGACUGUGGUUCAGACUCUUAAGACAGAUGGUCCGGUGACCGAUGCAACAUGGGCUGGUAACAAGGCUAUCGUUGGUUCAGCCACAGGCACUGUCAAAGUCUUUGAAAAUGGCAGUGAGGUGGCAAGCUUCGCCUCCCAUGCUGGCGGUGUGACUGCUCUUGCUGUGCAUGCAACUGGUGACAUUGUUGCCUCUGUGGGUGUGGACAAGAGCUAUGUGCUCUACGAUCUGGCUACAAGCACUGUGAUCACCCAAGUUUUUACUGAUUCUGCUUUGUUGUCCGUGCAGUUCCAUCCAGACGGUCAGCUUUUGGCUGCUGGCGGUGCUGAGGGCCAUAUUAAGGUCUUCGAUGUCAAGAGCAGUGUCCUGGCGGCAGAUUUUACCAUGUCUGGGCCUGUCAAGUGCCUUUUCUUCUCUGAGAAUGGUACUUUCUUGGCUGCUGUGGCUGCUCAGUCAACCACUGUCUCGAUUUGGGACCUGCGUAGCUCCAAGGAAACCAAGGUGCUGGACACCGGUAAUGAGGUCCAGUCAAUCUUCUGGGAUUACACUGGCCAAUUCCUCUUAACUGGUGGCCCUAGUGGAUUGACUGUUCAACAAUUCACCAAAUCAUCUAAGCAGUGGUCAGAGCCCUUGCGGAGUGCUGUGCCAGCUGUUGCUGUCGCAUGGGGAUCUUCCGCUCAAAGCAUUGUGGCCUUGAAUGAGGCUGGUUCUGUGACUGUGCUGCAGUCAUAA